AUGGAUAUCUUCAUGCGAAAUAUCGCCUUCGCGGUGAGUUCUCGCGAUCUCAAAGCGCAUCUAGCCGUUGUACUGCAUGGUCCAGAAUUUCUUCGUCCUGGCGAAAAUCCGAUCAACUUUGAGGUUCGCAUAUUCAGGAGCCAGCAAGGACGAGGUCCUCCUGUGGGUUUCCUCACACUCCCGACAGAGGAGAUUGGUGCUCGCUUUUUGAAGUUAUACGGAGAGCCGGCUCCCUCCCAGACCAUAACGAUGGGGAGGCGGAUUGUGUUCAAGCGCAGUAAUAGACAAUCAAACCCUGACGUACUCGACAACGUCCGUCGCCGUCCAUUCGUCCAUCCUAGGGAGGUCCAGGAGAGAGAGGACCGGGAUGCUGAGCGCCAAUCUAUGUCAGCUUCGAUUAAGACCAUCCAGUUUGGUUGGGUCUGCCGCGACGACGUGUACUCCGUCGAAUGGGAAAAACAGUGCAUACAUAAAGCCACUCUCGUGUACGAUGAGGAUGCAAGAGAAUUUAGGAUCAAAGCUGAGGACUUGGACGAUGACGAUCGUAUGCCUAUCACCCGUACCAUUGGCUUCCGCGCCGCCCAAAUGUAUUGGACAUCUGCAACUAUAGACAAUCUAGGCGAUCCAGCGAUUUUCUUUCAUUUGAAUCACCCACCGUCUUUUGAAUCUGAGUCUGAUACACACCUCACUCAAUUAUUCUCUCGGCUUGUCCUAGGACGGGAACGGCAGCCCCCCACACGCCGACGGUGGGAGUCAUUUACUAAUGAGCAUGUAUUACUUGCGCCCUUCACUUCCCUCGCCAUUCGCAUCAUCUGCAAGAGGAUGGAAGAUCUUCAAACAUAUCGGAACUUUUGUCGUGUCGCACAGAGGAAAGUUGAUGAUUCUGCAUAUCCCAUCGUGAGGCGUUCCCUGUUUGGCCAAGAUACCCUCACUGUAUUUUUCGCUUGGCUGUCACACCUGGAGUGGUCCGUCGCAUUUCAAGUGGAGGCUCUUGCAAGAAGUCAUUUAAUGGACCUCAGAGAGUUGAUAAGUCUACGUCCUGAAAUCGAAGAAACACUUAGAGAUCAGGGUGCAGGGGUCACUAGCGCAAUCCUCCGUGAUUUCCUGUCACGAGUGAAAGCUAUAUUCUGGUUCGGAGAGAAGAACCAGGAGCACCAAGAUUCUGUGCAGGCCCUAUUUGCUCAAUCACGACGGGAUUGGUCGAUUUCGUCUCUUCUUCUCCAGGAGACGUCUGUUGACAAUUUCAAUUGCUUCCAUGUCGUUGUCACUCCGACGACAAUGUAUCUUGAAGGGCCGUUCCCGGAACGAUCGAAUCGAAUCAUGCGCAUGUAUAUGGCCAAUCAGGACAGUUUUCUGCGGGUUUCUUUCGUGGAGGAAAACAGGCUCAUGUAUCGUUUCGACCGCGAACUGGAUGCGCGCGAUUUUGUGAACCGCAGGGUCAAGCACCUUCUGUUGAAUGGUCUCACCAUAGCUGGCCGUCAUUUCGACUUCCUCGCGUACUCGCAAUCAGCGUUGAAGGAGCAUGCAGUAUGGUUUGUAAAGCCGUUCAAUCAUACCGAUCGUCGCCAGAUAGAUGCGGCUACUAUUAUCUCAGGUUUAGGCUCCUUCCAUGAUCUGGCAUUCGACGAGCGGCUGAUUUACUGUCCGGCUCGAUACGCUGCGAGAAUAUCGCAGGCAUUUACCGCCACAGACUCAUCGGUCUCCGUCGAGGCUGAAGAGGUCGUACCUAUUCCUGACAUUUGGGACGCAACACAUACCUACAGCUUUACUGAUGGUGUUGGGACAAUCUCUCCAGACCUUGCACAGGCUAUCUGGGACGAACUUCGUGCCAAGCAGAAACGCAGCCGACAUCGGACUAAACCUCGCGCCUAUCAGGUGCGAUUCAUGGGCUCAAAAGGCAUGCUGAGCGUCGACUACAGGCUGGAAAAUCGUUUGGUAUGCUUACGCGAAUCGAUGAUCAAGUUUGAUGCUCCCAAUUCCUUGUUCAUCGAGAUUGCCAGAGCCUUUGACAAACCCGGGAGGUACUACCUCAACCGUCCGUUGAUCAUGCUUCUCGAGGGUCUUGGGGUGCCUUACAGCACAUUCCAGGCCCUUCAGGAUGCCGCGGUUCAGAACGCUCAGGAUUCGGUCGAGUCUCUCUCGAGCUCUGCACGCUUGCUUGAAGCGCACGGGCUGGGCACUUCAUUUCGCCUCACAUCAACAAUGCUUAGCUUACACCGCCUUGGUCUUGGACCCCUCCAUGAAGAUAUAUUUUGGCAGCAAAUGAUGGAUUUUGCUGUCAAUCAUGUCCUCAGAGAGCUCAAACACCAUGCGCGGAUUCCCGUCCCUGAUGGAUGGACUUUAGUUGGCGUGGCGGACGUCCAUGGAUUCCUGAAUGAAGGAGAGAUUUUUGCAUGCGUUCAUCCGCAAGAUUCGUCUGUGCCCAUAUAUCUGGAGGGUCCUACUCUCAUAUCCCGCUCGCCGACCAUUCACCCUGGUGAUGUCCAGGUUGUGCACGCCAUCGGCCCGCCACCGCCAGGCUCCCCAUUCGAAAAAGAGCCCCUCCCGAACACUGUGGUGUUCUCCAUAAAAGGCGGGCGACCUUUACCCUCCUACCUCGGUGGUGGUGAUUUGGAUGGUGAUGUAUACAACCUUACAACAAUGCCUUCAAUGAGGCCGCGACGAACGUAUCCCCCAGCUCGGUACGAUCCAGCUCCGAAGAAAUUUGUUGAUCACCCAAGUACAAUGGCAGAUGUUGCCGAAUUCGUGGCAGAGUAUAUUAUCAGUGAUACCCUGGGGAUUAUCGCCAUUAAUUGGCUCAUUACGGCUGAUCAAAGCGGGCUUGGAAUUUUUGACCCAGAUUGCCUCAAGUUGGCCCAGUUACACAGCGAUGCGGUCGACUACCCGAAGAGCGGCAUCCCUGUGGCUCUGGACCAAAUUCCCCGGUUGAAGCGUAAAUCCAAGCCUGAUUGGAAUGCUCCGGAAACCAUCACAAAGGAGAGCACGAAUUGGUACGAAAGCACCCGGGCCAUUGGGCACUUAUUCCGCGCAAUUGAACUCCCAGCAUUGCAAACUGUGAAGAGAGCGUCACGAUACCAGCGCCGCCACCUGUCUAACGGAGAUGAACUUAAUUUGGAUGACAUCCUAGCAGAAUUCCGUUCGGUAGAGCCCCAUCGGGCCGACUACUUCCAACUCACGAUAGAGCAUCGCAUUUCUGAGUUCAUUCCUCUUCCGGAGGAAGGAGAUGUCGAUGAAGUGGACGAAGCAGCUAUCACUAGAACAUGGGAGCUUUUGAGAGCCUAUGGCACUAGACUUCGAGCCAUUUGCGCUGACCAUACGCUUUCUCACACUCGCUCUGCUAUGUUGACCGAAGAAGAAGUAGUCGUCGGUACCAUCGUAGCAAAUUGCGCCCAACCUCGCAAACGUAAAGAUCUCAUGUCACAGAUGCGAGAACAAACGGCAACUCUUGUAAACAGCGUUCGGGUCGAAAUAUCGGGCGACGACGAUACUCCCGCAGAGGAAUCCCUCAGACGCGCUUGGAUUGCCUACAAGGUUGCACUUAUCGAUCCCGACUAUUUCGGAGCGCGAAGCUUCACAUGGAUCGCCAUGGGAGAGAUUUUUGACGCAAUAAGAGACAUCGAGGCGGAAGAUCGCAAAUUAUUGAGGUAA